CGCACCAGCUGUGUUCCUUCCUGAGCUGACUUGACGCUAUCGACCAGAGGCUAAAGCUAACGUUGAGAAAAUAACAGCGAACGUCGACUGGAGAAAACACACGCCUCGACAGCUACUUUAACACGUUCAUUUGAAUAUGGGGAAAGGUGGCGGUUCCUUUGACAGACUCCUGGAUAAGGCCACCAGUCAGCUGCUGCUGGAGACUGACUGGGAGUCCAUUCUGCAAAUCUGUGAUCUCAUUCGACAAGGAGACACACAGGCUAAAUAUGCAGUUGCGGCAAUUAAAAAGAAAUUGAAUGACAAGAACCCACACGUGGCCACCUAUGCACUCGAGGUGCUUGAGUCCGUGGUGAAGAACUGCGGACAGACGGUUCAUGAUGAGGUGGCCAGUAAAGUGACAAUGGAGGAACUGAAGGAUCUGCUCAAGAAACAGACAGAAGCAAAUGUCCGAAACAAGAUCCUCUACCUGAUCCAGGCCUGGGCCCACGCCUUCCGCAAUGAGCCCAAAUACAAAGUGGUGCAAGACACCUACCAGAUUAUGAAAGUGGAGGGUAAUGUGUUCCCUGAGUUUAAGGAGAGUGAUGCGAUGUUUGCAGCCGAGCGUGCCCCAGAAUGGGUUGAUGCUGAGGAAUGCCACCGGUGCAGAGUUCAGUUUGGAGUGAUGACGCGAAAGCACCACUGUCGAGCCUGCGGGCAGAUCUUUUGCGGCAAGUGUUCGUCCAAGUACUCCACAAUUCCCAAGUUUGGAAUAGAGAAGGAGGUCCGCGUGUGUGAACCCUGCUUUGAGAUUCUUAACAACCAACCCACCACCCUCUCUCCUCCACUUAGGAAAGCUGAGGGCAAAGCUCCAUCCACCACUUCUGCCGAGCUGCCUCCCGAGUAUCUGACCAGCCCGCUGUCGCAGCAGUCACAAAUGCCUCCAAAGAGAGACGAGGCAGCGCUGCAGGAGGAGGAAGAGCUACAGCUGGCUAUCGCCCUCUCCCAAAGCGAGGCAGAGGAGAAAGAACGAAUGAGGCAGAAGAACUCGUACACUGUGUAUCCCAAACCUGACCCCACCCCAGUGACUUCUUCAGCACCCCCAGUCAGCACCCUGUACACAUCCCCCGUGAACUCCUCAGCUCCAUCAGCAGAAGACGUCGACCCUGAGCUGGCACGUUACCUCAAUAGAACCUAUUGGGAGAAGAAGCAGGAAGAGGCUCGCAAGAGUCCCACCCCCUCAGCCCCUGCGUCAAUGGCCGAGCCUCUGUCGUCAAUCAGUCAGCCUGUAGAAACUCAUGUCCCCAUGCAGCCAGUUAGUAUAGUGGAGCAGCAGUACCAGAACGGGGAGUCCGAGGAGAACCACGAGCAGUUCCUGAAGGCUCUGCAGAACGCCGUGACCACCUUCCUCAACCGCAUGAAGAGCAACCACAUGCGCGGGCGCAGCAUCACCAACGACAGCGCCGUCCUGUCCCUCUUCCAGUCUAUCAACAACAUGCACCCGCAGCUGCUCGACAUCCUCAACCAGCUGGACGAGAAACGACUGUACUACGAGGGGCUGCAGGACAAGCUGGCUCAAGUUCGCGAUGCUCGGGCCGCCCUCAACGCCCUACGGGAUGAGCACAGGGAGAAACUGCGUCGUGCCGCAGAGGAGGCAGAGAGGCAAAGGCAGAUCCAGCUGGCACAGAAACUGGAAAUCAUGAGGCAGAAGAAGCAGGAGUACUUGGAGAUGCAAAGGCAGCUGGCCAUUCAGCGCUUGCAGGAACAGGAAAAGGAGCGGCAGAUGCGUCUGGAGCAGCAGAAGCACACCAUCCAGAUGAGAGCUCAGAUGCCAGCUUUCUCUCUGCCCUAUGCACAGAUGCAGUCUCUGCCCCCCAACGUAGCAGGAGGGGUGGUGUACCAGCCUGGUGCUCCACCCAGCUACCCAGGCACCUUCAGCCCAGCUGGUUCCGUGGAAGGUUCACCUAUGCACAACAUUUAUAUGAACCAGCCUGGUCAGACUGCACCACCGCAGUACCAGGCUAUGCCCCCUGCUCCCACAGAUCCCAAUAUGGUUAAUGCAUACAUGUAUCCACCUGCUGGCACCAAUGGACAGCCCGCACCUCCUCCUGGUCAAGCCCCGCCUACCACUAGUACACCUUACUCCAACUAUCAGCCCACCCUUACACAAGGCUACCAGAAUGUGGCAUCGCAGGCCCAGAACAUGCCCCCCAUGUCCCAGGCUGGCCCCACCAAUGGAAUGGGCUACAUGGGCUACCAGCCGUACAGCAUGCAGAACAUGAUCUCGGCACUGCCGGGGCAGGACCCCAACAUGGCCGCCCAACAACCAUACAUGUCUGGUCAGCAGCCCAUGUACCAGCAGGUGGCUCCCCCUGUUGGGCCUCAGCAGCCAGCGCCACAGCAGCAGCAGCAGCAGCAGCAGCAGCAGCCGCCCCCUCAGGUGGUGCCUGGCAGUGCCGAGGCCCAGCUCAUCUCUUUUGACUGAAAGCUGGUACAGUUGGGAACAGGGUCUGACACACUACUCAACAUCCCCAUCUCACCUCUCCCUUCACCUACAGUACACCUCCACCUUGCUGUCAUGUUGUGUGGCAUAGUGAAAAUGUGUGAUUAUCUUAUCUUAAUGUGUCAUCCCUGAGAUGGUGACACCACAAAGGGGUGAGGGGUGGGGGAGGGCACCAAAACCCGGAUUUGACCUUCCUCUCUCCAGCUGACCUUUAUAUUUGUCCGUUAAAUGAAAUAGCUGAAGCUCACAAAUAGUCAACAUCAACAAAUAAGAAAAAAAAAGACAAAACAUUCUUUUUUUCUUUUAAAACUCAAAACAAAGCAUGAUGAUUUUUAAUUUGAGCCUGUCUGAACGCUUUAUUUGAAGGACUGGGAGUGUAUGUAGUGUGUUUGUGUGUGUGUCUGUAAGCACCGUCAGGUUUGGGAUAAAAAGCACUAAUUCAUCAUCAGCACGAUCACAGACUAACAUUCCAGUUGUUGCUUCCCUUCAAGCUAAUAUAGUCUGACAUUGGAAUUUAUUUGUUGUGAAUUUCUUCAACUGGACUUAUCAUGUUUGAACAAUUCAAGUUCUACUGCUAAUAUCAGUAAUGUACACCCAAUACCCACAUGCAAUACUCAGCCUUUUAUUUCAUCAUCAUCAUAAUGACACCCUGCUACCUGUAAUGAUCUUCUAAUGGCCUGUGUGUGUGUGUGUGUGUGUGUGUGUGUGUAUUUGGCUGUGUGCAUGUGAAUGAACGGAAAAGGCUUUUGUCAUCGAUUACAGGCUGCAUGUAUUUAUCAGUGAGCCAAUCAGCUUAUAUCUCUGUAACUCCUUCAUUUGUGAUCUACUUUAUUUCCAUCAUAGUCAUCUGUCUUGGCUUUCAAAGGUCAUUUUAAAUUUAUAUUUAAUAAAUAUCUGGUUCUUAUUGUC